AUAAAGUUUUGUGAGAAGCUGGAGAAAGUGUUUGAACAAGAAGUCGAACUGCCUAAUUUGCACACACUGUGCCUUUACGAGUUGCCUGUGCUAUCUGCUAUCAAUGGAUCGCUGCCUAAUCUGAAGACAUACAGUAAAGAAAAAUGCCCGAAGCUGGAAACUUCAGAAGAUGAUCUAUGUUGUCUGGACUUGGAAGCCGUCUAGUGCAACGAGGAUAUGAAAAACUACAGGGGCAGAAGAAGCAGAGCUACGGAGUAUUCUCUCCCUGGAUCCUUUCCCUAAUAUUUACUAUGUUCCCUCUUUCUCUGUAUGUGUGUUUGUAUGUGUGUGCGCGUGUGUGUGGAUAAUGAAUUUGAUUUUUUACUCGUUUGACUUCAAGAGAUCUGUUUAAAAAUAUACUCUAAACACUUUUGGAAUCAUUUCUACAAACAAGUUAUUUCAAUAAUGCAGAGGGCUAUGUUCUCUGUCGUUUCCUCGUCUUUAACACAAAAUAAGACCAAAAGACCAGCAGUUAUCUGUAGGAAAAGACUACAAGCUUCAGAUAUAUUAAACAAAGAAAACCCUUCACACGUCCCAAGAAUGGCUUGGGUAAAAACUCAAUGGCAGAAGCAAAGAAGCAUUCCAGAGAGCAAACUAUUUUUCCAGAAACGAUCUAAUCAGGAAAUAUAGGAGAAAUGGUGGAAGUGAUUCCCAAACAAAUCAAAGAUGUUUGGGACACAUGGAAUAUUAGGGGAAUGAUAAUCCUCAGUCUCUCGCUUCAGACAAUUCUCAUUUUCUUUGCCCCCCUCAGAAAACGAACGCCCAACAAGUUCCUGAUCAUGCUCUUGUGGUCCUCGUAUCUCUUGGCAGAUUUGUCUGCGAAUUUUGCGGUAGCACUGAUUGCGAAGAACCAAGGUAAAGACCCUAAACCCGAUGAUCCUCCUGAAGACAAGAAGCUCGUAGCCUUGUGGGCACCUUUCUUGCUCUUACACCUUGGUGGGCCAGACACCAUCACUGCGUUUUCUAUAGAAGACAGUGCCCUCUGGAACAGACAUUUUCUUGGGCUUGUCUUUCAGGCACUUGCAGGUGUCUAUGUGGUUGUCCUGUCUCUACCCAAUGUGCUCUGGCUGGUUAUAGAGUUGCUGUUCGUAGCUGGGACUUUAAAGUAUUUGGAGCGGACAAUUGCGUUGUACCUUGCGAGUUCAGACAAAUACAGGAACUUGAUGUUGCAGGAAUCCAAUUCCGGGUUUGACUACACCGAGCAAGCAGAUAACCUAGAUAUGGAGUCGAUACUGGCUUCUGAGAUGUACAUGAAGGAGGAGCAUCGCGGAGCACCGAAACCUCUUAACCUAAUGCAUCCAGAUAAAGAAUUAACCGACUUUCAGAUUCUUCAAUUUGCUUUCUUGUUCUUCAAUAACUUUACGAGUCUUAUGGUCAAUAACAUAUUUAGCUUGGAGCUGCGUGAUAAGAGCAAGGCCUUUUUCAGCGCAUUGCAACUACAAGAAGAAGCUUUGUGCAUUAUAGAAGCCGAGCUCGAUUUUAUCUAUGAAGGAUUGUACACGAAGGGUGCGGUUCUUCAUAGUUCUCUAGGAGUUGCGCUCAGAAUCACAUCACUGGUAUCCCUUCUGUCAGCCUUCACCAUCUACCAUUACAGACACAAUAAGAUGCAAGAAUUUCGGAAAGCCGACAUUGUAAUCACCUACACGUUGUUCUUAGUUGGAAUAGCUCUGGAGGUUAUAUCUUUUCUCAUGCUUAUGCUUUCUGACUGGACAACAGCCACCCUCUCAAAGCUUAAGGAUGACUCCCAUGAGAUGCCUUCACUAAAAGACCGUUUACUCGAGUGGGUCCUUGGUCUCAAGAGAAAGUGGAAGGGUCAAAUAGGUCGUGAAGAGGAGGUGUUUAACACACCAUUUCUACUCAGAAGAUGGGCCGGAAACAUCACAGUUUUCAACUUCCUCACAUACUCCAUGAACGCAGAUACAGAAAGGAUCCACAACUCCAGGGGUGGAACGUGCCAGCUUUUAUGGAAGAUAGCACUUUACCCUUUCAGUUACGUUUUCUCCAUCAUGCAGACUUGGUCAGGUAGCAUUGCCAUAUGGUCUUGUGAUCUUCGCCGGUAUAUUAUCCACCAUGUGAUCAUUCCACCGCCAGGAGAAAAUCAAGUCGCUCGUUCUAAAUACAUCUUCAAGACAUUUGUUGAGUUUUGGUUCAACGUACCUUACUUUUUUGCAAUUCCUGUCACCUCUGUCAUCAACUACCUAGGCAUCAGGGAUCUGUUCCAUGAGAUAAGACUAGAAAGAUCUGUACACCACGAACCCUUGACAAAAAACCUAUGGUCUUUCAUAUUUUCCGAGCUGAAAAUCAGGUCCCAGAUUCUAGACAACCUUGAGAGUACCACAACAAAAGCCUCAGCCAGGAGAGAUUGGGCGUCAAGCCAUACCCAGAUUCAAAUAGCAGGUCAGGAAAAGCUGCUACGGUACAUAACAGAUGUUGACUAUGACCAAAGUCUUUUGAUUUGGCACAUUGCCACGGAGCUCUGUUACCAAGAGGACGAUUCCGCCAAGGAAAACUGUGAUCAACAUCAGUAUCAGAUGAACCGAGAGAUCAGCAAAAUCAUCUCAGACUAUAUGAUGUAUCUCUUGAUUCUGCAGCCUAAGCUGAUGUCAGAUGUAGCAGGCAUAGGAAAUAUGAGAUUCAGAGACACAUUGGCCGAGGCUAAAAGGUUCUUCAAGAAGAUGGAUAUCGGAAACACUAGAGACGUGAAAUUAGCGAGCAAGAAAAUUCUUUUAGUCGAUACCAGCAUCGAACCAAGUGAUGUCAAAGGAAAUCAUUGCAAAUCGGUGUUAUUUGAGGCAAGUUCAGUGGCCAAAGAACUUCUGAAACUGGACAAGGGUUGUGAAAAAGACAAAUGGGCGGUACUUAGCAAGGUGUGGUUGGAGUUCCUCUUCCACGCAGCAUCCCAUUGUGAUGGUACAGCACGUUUGGAGCUUGUAAGCAAAGGUGGAGAGUUCAUCAACUUCGUUUGGCUACUAAUGGCUCACUUUGGCCUAGGGGAUUGAUCAGCUCAGAUUCAGAG